CCUGAGAAGUGGAGGAUGUCAGAUGGGAUCUGAUAGCACUGAAGGCAAACUUGACUUCCAGAUGUCAGAGGAAGAAGAUUCUUUUCUAAAUGUCAAAAGAUCUCUGAAAAAGCGACUGGUGAAACACAGCACUCCAGUGGACUCAAUGCUCUCCAGAACAAUGCCGUCUCUUACAGAUUUGACUUAUCAGUCGAUCAAGGAUCAAGAUGGCAGUAAGAGAGUUUAUGUAUCCCCAGUGGCAAAAUCAACUCUAAGCAGAUCAUUAGCUCAAGUGUCGCUAGCAAGUAUUGAAGCAUACAUCCCUCAUAAGUCUCCAAAAAGGCUUUCAACAGUGUUUGACUUGCAAGAUUCAAACAAGGAGAUAAACAAAAGUUCUCGGGUUGUAUUUUCUAGAAGAAGACUUUCCACUGUGUUGGCCUCUAAUGAGUCAAAUGAAGAACCAAGUGAAAAGGCUAUCUCAAGUGUGGAAACUCAAGCCUCAACAAAUGGAUCUGAGAAGGUUGCAGUAACUCCCAGGAGUGGACCUUCGUGGCUGGUUACUGGAAUACCAGGGAUAAAAGAUGUCCAAAUAGUGAAAAAGAAAAAGAAGAAAAUUGAUAAAUCUAUUGUGAGAAAGAAACAAAGAGAAUGGGUGCUUCGUCAACUUAAAAACAUUGAGGAAGCAACUGAACAUGAGCUGACAAUUGAAGAAAUGUGACCAAAAUAUCUUUGGAAUUAAUGCUGUUGCAUGGUUCUUGUGUGAAUAACUGGUUCCAAUAAAUCACAUGCCUGGA